CGCCAAGACAGCUAUAUCUCUUCAGGCUCAACGAGACCCCCUGCGGAAAAGCCGAAGAAACCAUUGUAUUACAUCUACUGCGUAUUACGCAUCUCCCUCCGGGAUGACAGGCACUAGAACAACAUUUCCUGCAUGAAUGGUCCAUACAGGAGCCGGCAAGGUGGCUGCCGUCUUGCUCCGAUGACGUGGAUUUCCCGAAGCCGUUGACACGCUUGGGUUAUAAAUAUAUGACUUUCAAACAUCAAUCAGCUAUCAACCCAACGGAAACAAAAUCGCUCAGAAUUCUUCACUGGAUCUACACGUUGAGUGGUAAAAAGAUUCUAGCAAUAUGCACUUUUCAAAAUUUCUCCUUCUCUCCGCUGCGACCCUCGCAGUUGCGCAUCCCGGUGAGAAGCAUGAUCCUCAUGUGCUGAAGCGCGAGAUUCACGCUCGUGAUGCUCUUACUGCCCGGUCGAAGCGUGGCCUCGAUGCAUGUGCUACUAGUGAGCAUGCCAAGCGACUGCAGCAACGUAACAUCGCCCGUCGUGCCCGUACCGUUCGUGAGCUGCGCAACGCCCGUGGCGUGACGACUAGUCCCAAGAAGUGGCGCCGUGACUCUGAUGAUCUGGAGAAGUGGGAGGCUGUCAACCACAACAUGACCGGCUUGGUCGACUUUACUGCCGAGACGCCCGAAAGCUCGGUCUUCGGCGGUAACACCAGUGCCAUCUUGUCUCCCACGAUCACCGACGGACCAUACUAUGUAUGGGGCGAAGUGCAGAGGAGCAAUGUCAAGGAGGACGAGUACUGUGACGGCGUUGACGUGUACUUGGAGGUCCAAUACAUUGAUGUCAACACUUGCAAGCCAAUUCCAGGUGCCUUCGUCGAUAUCUGGAAUGCUAACGCCACCGGCGUGUACAGUGGCAUAUCCACUUCAGGCAACUAUGCGGCUGACGGCUGGGAUAGCACUUACCUGCGUGGUAUCCAGGAAUCUGAUCAAGACGGCGUUGUGGCCUUCCAAACCAUUUUCCCGGGUCACUAUGACGGUCGUGCCACUCACACCCACCUUUUGACUCACCUUAAUGCAUCGGUCCAUGAUAACAAUGGCACACUCGUUGUGGGAACCGGCAGCGUCGCACACAUCGGUCAGCUGUUCUGGAACGAGGUCUUGCGCUCCGCCGUCGAGGACACCUACCCCUACACCACCAAUACCCAAGACAUCACUAGCAAUGCUGAUGACAUGUGGUCCAUCGAACAAGCCUCCAGCUCUUACGACCCAUUCCCCGACUAUGUGUACCUCGGAAACGAUCUGAAGGAUGGCCUCUUUGCCUGGAAGCAGAUUGGCAUCAACGCCAGUGCCGACUACACCGAUAACUCCUACUACAGCAUUGCUGCUUACUAUGACGAGAACGGUGGCCACCAGAAUACCGACAGUGCUGCAUUUGGAGGCGGUUCUGGUAGCGAGGGUGGUAUGCCCUCGGGCUCUCCCUCCGGUGCCAUGCCUUCCGGCACUCCAAUGUAGAGAAAUCGUGCCUAGACACGGCAUGAUCUCUCUUUCCGGCUAGGCGAAGGUCUAUUAUACUACGGAUCGAGUGUGCCUCGGGCUUAGAGCCAUGAUUCACAUCGCUCAGU